AAUGAGGAAACUUUAUUAGCUGUUGCAACGUUUAGUACGGUUUAGUGGUCUAGUUACUUAAAAAAAAUGAACAUAACCUCGCAUGUACAACGCGUGAAAUUUUUGUACAAAACUAUCCUGAAACUUCACCGUGGCUUACCGUUGGAAAUUCAACCUCUUGGCAAUGAUUACGUUCGUGAUGAAUUUAGGAGGCAUAAAAAUUGCAACCCUGCAGAGGCUCAAGUUUUCAUGACAGAAUGGGCUGAUUAUGCUACAAAACUUGCCGAACAACUGGGACUUAGAGGACCACAGCAAGCCAAAAAAUUAGGCAUAGAUUUGGACCAGGAGGCCAUUGAGAAAAUGAGAGAUGAGCAAAUACAGCAACUCUAUGAAUUGAUGAUGACGGCAACUGGGAAACAUGAUGAAAAGAGUGAAGAUACUUAAUCUUAGGUGCACUGGGUUGUUACCCUCUGAAUGUAAAAAAUAUAACCAAGUUAGGUGAGCAAGAACUAGUACGCAACAGUAAAUCUUCGUGGCAUGACAAGUACAAGGACAGUGCUUGGAUAUUCGUUGGAGGCUUACCGUAUGAUUUAACUGAGGGAGAUGU